AUGGCGCGACAAGAACGAUGUGGUCUCUUGACCCUGCCGCCGGAGAUCCAAACGAAAAUCCUUUCCCACCUCGCUGUGUCUUUCGGCAAGUCAAGCAUACAUGCGGCCCUAAAAUCUUGCAAGCAGCUAUAUGAGAUAGCACUUCCACUCACCGUGAAGGUCUUUCGAAACACUGUCCCGUACCCUGGAACUCAUGGACCAUGUUCUCGGGCUCGCAAUAUACAAUUUCUACGCUAUAUUCUCAUUUUCAAGCCGUGGUUGGCCGAGCACGUGGAGACUGUGAUUCUUGGCAGGUUCUCGACUGAUCAUGGAGGAGGCGCAGAUGGCGAGGAGACGGCCCAAGGCCAGGAAAGCAUUGAUCGUGAGGAGCUCGCCAUCUAUCAGCGGUAUAUCCAGCUCAGAUUAGGUCAACUGCCAUCAGGCGACACUGCUUCAUGGUGUGAUUCUUGGGUAGAGGACCUUGGGAAUCGCACUUCUGAUGCUCAGGUUGCCUUGAUUCUGCUUGCCUGCCCCAACAUCCGGACUCUAUACUUUGAAGUGUCUGAUUCCAACCAUUUCAUUCGAUUGCUAAGAAUGGUUCGAGAUAUAUCGAAUCGAAAUGACCAACCCGGAGACCCUGGAUCUGGUCGGGAUGGUGGCCAUUGUCCGAAGAUGAGCGUGCCCCUCUGCAAUCUCCAAGAGGUCUUUCAUGAACAGGGAGACUUUAGAGAACGCCAGCAGGACUUCCACAUGGAAGCAUCAGAGCUCUUUGCAUUACCUCGACUCCGGGUUUACGAAGCUCUCGGGGUUCAGGGGACGCAGAGUGCAGUUGCAAGCUUCGAAAGCCUACCGCUUAGAGCUUCUCCAAUUGAAGAGAUAUCUCUGACUAAUUCCUUUUGCACUUGGCCUAUCUUCCAUAUACUGGGCAGCUGCAAGGGGCUCAAGAAAUUCGAAUACAGUUAUUAUAGCCCUCCUUGGCUUGACGCUCCUAGUUUAUUGAUGCCUGCGGAUAUCAUGGAUGUCGUCUGGUUUCAUCGUCAUACACUUGAAUACCUAUACUUGAAUCUACAUGAGGACUCGGAUCAUCGUUGGGAUCCCGAUGAGUCUGAGUACGAGAGGCUAUAUCUAGGGAUGAGGUUUCGUCAGAUGCGUUCCUUGAAAACGCUUAUAGUAGGUAUGCAGGCCCUGACCGGAAUGCUUGCCUCCAAGCCUCGUUAUCACCAUAAUAUGCCCCUCAAGGUCGAAGGUGCACCCAGGAUGGUUGAUUGCCUCCCUGACAACCUUGAGCGUAUUACGAUUCAUUCUUGUGGCGAAGCAAUACUAGACCAGCUGCAGGAGUUGGUCAAGAGUGCUUGCCAGGGUCGCCUCAAAAAGCUCAACUAUAUUUGCGUGCUAUAUGAUUAUUGGAGGGUAAACAAUGAGGAGAUUUUGGAAUAUCAUCAAAAAUUCCCAGAGUUCAGGAGGGAGCCAGAGGGGCGGUCUGUUAUCACAGUUGUCGGGUUGCAGCUUCAAGAGGCAAACAUUCACGACUCGUACGGGACCUUUCCCCUCGCUCCCGAAGGGUUGACCAAUUUCAUGUCCAAGAUUUAUGCUCCCCAUCUUCGGCGACAACACCUGGAGCGCAGAAUGAAUCAUGAGUAUUGGAAUGCUGAAUACAACUAUGAGGACGACCCUACCUUGUUUGAUGAAUAUGCAUAA